AGCGCGUCCUGAUGGAGCAAGGAGGCGGCUGCGAGGCGGGAGCCGGGACGCAGGGGACUACGCGGGGCUCCCCGCUCCUUGGGAAGAUGGCCGAUCCAAGCGCGGUGCGGACCUCGCCGCCCAACCAUCGGUUUUCAGGUAUGGAUGGAUUUUUAAGAUCUGAUGAGAGACAAAGACUAGCUAGAGAAAGACGGGAAGAAAGAGAAAAAUGUAUAGCCGCCCGGGAACAGCAGUUCCUGGAGAAACAGAAAAGGGCUAAGCUGCAGUAUGAAAAGCAAAUGGAGGAGCGAUGGCGGAAACUGGAGGAGCAACGGCGUCGGGAGAACCAGAAGAGAGCUGCGGUGGAAGAGAAGAGGAGGCAGAAGCUCCGGGAGGAUGGGGAGCGGCUGGAGGCGAUGCUGCGCAGGUCCCUAGAGCGCUCCCAGCAGCUGGAGCUGAAGAAGAGGUACUCCUGGGGAGGAACAUCACCGGCAGUCUCGGGGCCUGGAGGACGAGAUGGUGAAUCAGAAAACACUCCACCCCCUCCUCUAGGUUUAGCAGCCAGCACCCUCCCUCCGGAUCCAGGGACCUCUGCCGCCGCCGAGUCCAUCAAUGCAUGUGACAAACUUUCCACAUCGACUAUGAAUUUACCAAAGCAGACCGAGCCUCCGAUGAGCAAGCGCCUGUCUUCAUCCUCCGCAGCAAUAUCCUGUUCUCCAGACAGAGCUCAUCGCAUGCUCAUUGGUUCCUCGGACAGCUUUGUCAUUACUCGACUGUUGGUACCCACUCAGGCUUCUUUAGCCAGAAGCAGAAGUGCACUGUUAGUGUCUGGGCAGGACAGUGACUCAGCUACUGCCAGCUCUCCUCAGUGUUCUUACAAGUCUUCCCCGACUCGGAUCAUGAACAAGAAGAAGACUGUAUCCACCCCUGUUAGAGGAGAUACUGGCAAAGGAGCUUCUGCAGGAGUUGAGACACCUCGGACGGAGAAGACGAAGAGGGGAACACGAACAGUAUCUUCUUUCUCCUACGUGAGCCCUGCGUCCCCUCUGAGGAGAUCUGAAUAUCCCGGAGAUGUUUAUAAGAGUUCAUCUACUCCCAUGACAUCCAGGGCUACUCCGAAAGGGUUUCCACUGUCUCCAAAGAUUGUGAAUCUGCCACAUCCCGAGUCAUUCGUGAAGUACCGCUUAGAUGCAUUUUCCAACCAGGAAACACCCAAGAAGAAAGCAGACAAAGAAAAAAGCAACAAGGAAAGGGAAGGAGCCCUGGCUGAGUGGGAAGGUUCGGAGAAGCACGUGGUAGACAAGCAUGUCACCGAGAAGCACGUGGCUGCAGGAGGGAAGGGCGAGAGCAUCGUCGGGAAGCCCACAGCAGGCACCACCAAUGCAGGGGAGGCUGCGAAAAUCCUGGCCGAAAAGAGACGCCAGGCUCGACUGCAAAAGGAGCAGGAAAGGCUGGAGAAGAUCGAGCAAGACAGGCUGGAGAGAGAGGAACUGGAAAGAAAGGCAGAGGAGGAAAGACUUCGCCAAGAAGAGGAAGCCCGUAAGCAGGAAGAGGAAAAGAAGCGGCAGGACGAGGAGAAGAAGCGGCAAGAAGAGGAGAAGAAGCGGCAGGAAGAAGAAAAGAAAAGACUGGAGGAAGAGGAGGCCAAGAGGAAGGCCAAGGAGGAGCUGCUGUUGAAAGAAGAGCAAGAAAAGGAAAAACAAGAAAAAGAAAAGCAAGAAAAGGCCAUGAUUGAAAAGCAGAAGGAAGCAGCAGAAGCCAAGGCUCAGGAGGCAGCUCAACAGAUGCGUCUAGAAAGAGAGCAGAUCAUGCUGCAGAUUGAACAGGAGCGACUGGAGAGGAAGAAGAGAAUAGAUGAAAUCAUGAAGAGAACGAGGAGGAGUGAUGUGUCUCCGGAAGUGAAGAAAGAGGACCUGAAAAUAGAGCUUCAGCCUGCUGUGUGCAUGGAAAAUAAGACAAAACCAAUUAUCCCGAACAAAAUAGAAAUCAAUGGAUUGAGCACCUGCCAGGAAGUUAACGGUGUGGAGCGGGCUGCCCCAGCGACGUUUCCCCGAGACAGUUUCUCCAGUGGGCUUAAACCAGCUGGAGGACUUGUUCAUCUGGAUGCCCUCGAUGGCAAAUCAAACAAUCUGGACGACUCAACUGAAGAAGUUCAGUCAAUGGACGUGAGUCCUGUUUCAAAAGAAGAGCUUAUCUCCAUCCCAGAAUUUUCACCAGUGAGUGAAAUGAUUCCUGGGGUGUCUCUGGACCAAAAUGGAACUGGUAAUGCCCGAGCCCUUCAAGAUAUCUUAGAUUUCACCGGCCCCCCCAUGUUCCCCAAGAGAUCCAGUGAAAAUCUCAGCCUGGAUGACUGUAACAAAAACCUGAUCGAAGGAUUUAACAGUCCCAGCCAAGAAAAUACUCUGAACACCUUCUGUUGACAAAUACAGCAUCUCUUUAAUGAAAGGUGGUGUUUCGAGAAGCCGUGAAGCUGCCGGUAGUCAGAUCCGAGCUGCAGGCCCUCGGAAGAAGCUUCUGUCAUCCUUAACCACUGGAUUCCAAAUUAUUAGGUCGAAAUGUAACUAUAUUCCUAGUUAGUAUGUCCAACACUGGCCGCUCUUGGUAGAAACCUUGCGAAGUUGGCCUUGUCUGGCUUUAGCGACGUUUCAUGUUAAGGUUCUAUUUAUGAGCUUCGGCUGCUGAUGAAGUGCUUCCUGUACUACUUACUCUAUUAUCGUAGUGAUCAUCCGACACUGAGUCAUCCCAGCUGGGAAAUUCACCUUGUAACCUGUUCUGAUUCCCAAAGUUGGAGCACUUAAACAUUUAGAUGUCGUGUCCUGUAAAUAUUCUACACAUUUACCCAGACUCUACUUAAACAUGUACUGAGCUUGGGCUGCAUAUCUCCCAUCCGUGUCUAGAAGAAGAAAUUCCAGAGGGGUUUCCCCUCGCUGGGGUUUCUUUGUUGAAAGUUACUAUCAUGAAGCCAGUUUUUUUAUUACUAGGUUUAGUCACCUGCAAAAUGCGUUGCACCACGUUACUCCUCGAGGAGGUAACGGAAUACGUCUGGUUGAGUAAGGAAGCCAUUAAACAAUGUGGAAUGAUUUCUGCUUUCUUAUGCAUAUUCCUAUAGACAUGAGCAGCUGUAUCUAUCUAGCAAGGACCUUCUCAUGUUGUCCCUUAAAAUCUCCAAGCUGCAAUCACUCCAAACCAUUGAGUGACUUUUGGACUGAAUGAACCGUGUGUCUCAUGCACUGGUGGUUGGUUUUCAUGUUGUUGCUACUGGGGCUUCUGUUUGUUUGCUCCUGUGUGUGCUAAACUCAAAUAAAACCAGGCACAGAUGAAAAUGACAGUGCUCCGAAACAGGGGGCCCUGAAUGGGACUCAGUAUGUCACUGUAACGGACUUCAACAUAAAACAUCUGAAUGGAGGACAGAUGACGCUAGAAUGUAUACUCCUCGCGUUUUAUGCCAUAUACUGUGCUUUCUUAAUUUAAUUUCUUGUGAAAAGUGACUUUCAGAUUACAAUGACCUUUUCUUCUUGGAAACUCUUUUUUUGACUUGUACAAUAAGAGUUUAGAAAGAUCUAUAAUUCUGACUGAGGUUUGCAACCAGGAAACCAGUAUCAAUAGUAAUCUUGUUUAUGUGCUUUCAAAACCAGCUACAGUUUAAGACUUUACUAGUU